AUGCUAAAAUUUGUGACAACAAAGCCACCUCGAGGUAGAUCACCCAGCGGAUCCACAACUCCCGACAGGGAUAUACCCUACCGCAUGCCAGCUCACGAACCCCCAGCAUCCUUCUCAAAGCCGCAGUACUCACCCAGGGUAACCAGAAAGACCUCCUCUCACCCAGAUUCAAGAGUUGCGUAUGUGUCACCUCCUUCGUCAUCGUCAUCAAUAUCGUAUCGCCCACCACCAAGCUUCUCCGGGCGCCACAAUGUCCCAGCCUUAAGGGAUUCAACCAGGAAAUAUGGAGACUCUUCAUCACAAAUUAAAUACUUGAAACAUCAAGACCACCAACAUUACCAGCGACAGCCUCGUCAGCAGAGAUACACAGGACAGCAGCAGCAGCAACAGCCGUGGUCACACACUAAGUACGCCUACAAGCAAGCCACGCCAAGCGAAUCCCCAGGAACUUACGCAACCCUGCAUUUCAAAGAACCAGAAGCGGAAGUCUUCAGCUCUUCGCUAAAGGAAAACAAGUUUCCCCUGGAAAUUGCUGGCUUAUAUACUACUAAACACAUAGAAACUGCAACGCACCAACGUCCAAAACAAACUCAGCCCGAACCAAAAACAUACCAGGCACCACGGUAUACUGGAGUACCCAGAGACACCACGGGUUCUAUGAAAAUCACCCCAGAUAGACGGUUGCAACAUGAAGUAGACCUCUACGACGGUCCAGACUACGAUCUGGCUAAAGCCAUCCCGGGUUCUGGGGAGUCAACACCACGAUCUGAUGGAUCUAAAUCAGUGCAGUACGUCGUCAAUGAAAUUGUUUCCAAGCACAAAGGCGCAGGCCCGUAUUUUCCAUCUCCCAGACCACACGAAGAAGCUUACAGGACACAGUUUACAACCACAGAACACUUACAACGUUCUUUGACACCAAAACAAGGGGAAUACCCGCAAGUGGCAAGUACUCAAUCAUCGGAACUUCUCAGAAACAGGACAUUCUCGGGGAUUUCCCCUGAGUCACAGCAAGUGAUGAGCACAUGUGUUCCUCAAGUUACAAACGACUUG